AUGGAAGCCACAACAAAAUCAAGAAAAAAAUCUGCUCCAAUAGGUUUGGAUGGAGCAUAUUGGAAUGAUACACUAGUCAAUCGUCGCAAUAAUCGACCCACGUUUGAGUCCGUUUUGGAGUCUGACAACACACUCGUCUAUUCAAACAAAACAUUUUUAACAUGUCGCAGUCCAACGAAUUCAUUCUUUCUUUGUCAAACGCUUCAGGAUGUUUUAAGUGACACAAAACAGAUUCGUAUUCGUUGGUAUACAUUUGUUGAUGAACAUCAAGAUGAACAUAAAAUCGAUGAAAAUACGCAUUUUAAAGAAAGUUAUUCAGAUAAAAUUGAGAUCGAAACGGUUCUUACUGGAAUCGAAUCGGUCAGUUAUCAUUCAGAUAAAACGAUAACAUUACAAAAACAAGACAUUCGCGAAACCUGGACGUUAUUAAAGAGAUCAAUCAAAGCAGAAUCGAACACGAUUAAGAGUACGAAAAAUUUAUUGUAUCCAAAAAGUGAUCGAUGUCCGUAUCCAGAAGUGACUCUGAAAAAACAAACAACAGGAAGUGCCAGUAUUCGUACGCUUGGUUUUCACACAGCUGAAAUAAUGGCUAGUCGUGGUGCUCGGGAAGGCAAUAAUGCAUUGCUCAAAGAUACAGAUGAUAUGGUCAUGCAUGAUGGUAUAACUCCCAUCCACUGUGCUGCUAUUAAUCCAAAUGCCAAAUACUUGAAACAGUUAUUGGCCAUUGUAUCUGAAUAUAAUAUUGCUGAUACAGACGACGGCAAACCUAUUCAUUAUGCUGCUGCUUGCGAAGGAACCGAACCUCUGGAGUAUCUUCUAUCAAAAAAUGUGAAAUUCAAUCAAAUUGACAAAGAUGGAGAUACGCCAUUACAUAUUGCUUGUAUUUAUGGUCGCCAUGCCAAUGUCGAACUACUGUUACGUACAGCAAAAGAAAAGGCUGAAUCGAAUGAAGCAGAUGACUUAGCUGAAUAUCAAAAUUUCGGUCUCGCUUCAAUCAAUCGGAUGAACAAAAGAAAAAGAUGUCCUUUACAUUUAGCCGCAGGAAAUAACCAUCUACAAUGUGUGGAAGUUCUCAUCCAAUACGGUGCAACUGUUGAUAUAUUUACCAGUGCAUCGAAGGAAAAAUUAUCACCACUCAUGUUUGCAUGCCGACAUGGGUAUCUCGAUAUUGUCAAAUGUUUAAUUAAACACGGAGCUCGAGUUGAAGCCCGUGAUCGUUUCAAACGAACACCGUUGAUUCACGCUUGUAUGUACGGUCACGCACAUGUUGCUUCGUAUUUACUUCGUACUGGUGCAAAUCCAAAUGUCUUCGAUUCAUCGAUGAAUUCCGCACUGCAUUAUACAAUCGCUUACGGCUGGUAUUUUUGUGUUCGAUUACUGAUGGAAGCCGGGGCGAAUGUGAAUUGUGCCAAUUGUUGGCAAGUAUCAUGUCUUGGUAUCGGAUUUUCCAAGAGUCAUUACGGUAUUUGUGAUUAUCUUCUCAAUGAACAUCGAGCUGAUAUUAAUUUCAAAAACGAUGAAGGCCUAACAAUAGUUAUUCUUACUGUUGAAUUGGACAUUUCAAAAUAUUCUUUACAACAAUUGGAAUAUGCCGUGGUCAAGCACAAUGCCGAUUGCGCAUGUGUUGAUAUGAAUGGAAACAAUGCUUUUCAUUAUUUAGCAUCGAAGUCAUUAGCUGAGAGGAACGAUGCGACGUCUGAAAAAUACUAUUUUCGAAUGGCACAGAUUUUACUCGAUCAUCAUUGUAAUCCAACUCAAAUGAAUAACAAAGCACAAACACCGUUGAUGCUUGCAUUUGAAUCGAAGAAUAUUUUUAUGAUUGAGUUCUUUAUCAAUCAAGCAAAGGUCGAAUUAACGUUGGAUAUCAACAGUGAUGGAAAAACAUUUUUGCAUCAUUUUGCUAUGAAUAGUGAUGAUGAUAAACUGGUUAAAAUACUGCUGAAUUUACCGGUAACCGACGAUAUAAAAGCGAUGAGUGCGACAUUGGACGCUCAACAAAAGACACCGCUUUAUUAUUGUACCUUCAAAUAUGAAGAACUAUUUGGGAGAUUCUCGUAUAAUCCGGAAAAUCGGCCUCGUGAAUACCAAUCAAUUUGCAAAAUGAUUCGAUAUUUUGUCGACAAACUUGAAUGCUACGAUGAAACAUGUAUUUUUCACUUAUUAUAUGGAACUCCUCCUAAUAACAAAGACGAUGAGCAUCCGUUGAAAAUUUUCCUUGAAAAAUCUAAAAAUAUCAAUGUUCAUCAUAGUGAAACAGGUGAUACUCCUUUAUUACGAACGAUUCACGCGAAAAGCUACAGAAUUUUCCAAAUGCUGCUUGAACAACCGUCAUGUGACGUCAAUGUUGCUAAAAUAUGUAGUACACAAGAUAACGGACAAACUCCAUUGAUGGCUGCCUGUAAACUUCAACAUUUUCCUAUUAUUCGGGAUCUUUUAAAUCAUCCAAAAAGCGAUCUUCUUGCUUAUGACGAUCAGCACAACCAAGCUUUCCAUUAUUUCCUAUCUACAGCAACGCGCUCGGAUGAAUAUUUAGAAAUUUUUCAUUUAUUUUUCGAAAAAUUAGUCGCCAUCGGCAAAAAUGCGUUGAAUUCAAAAGGGAAAUCUGGUAGAACACCAUUACAAAUUGCUGUUCUUUAUAAUCAAGGCACUGUAGAUACGGUUAAUAUUAUCGAACAAACUCUCAUUGAUAACGGUUGUGAUUUAUUCAUCAAAGAUGAUCUUGGGAAUAUUCCGUUACAUAAUAUCUUCUUGGGAAAUAAAGCCAGUAAUGAUCCCGUCGAAAUCUGUGUUCUCAUCAUGCAAUCCAUGAACUACAAAUCCUUAGAUACGAAAAAUACCGAAGGAAACACAGCAUUACAUCUUGCUGUAUUGAAAGAAUCAACCGUUUGUGUAACGAUUCUAUUAAAACGAGGUGCAGAUUUGUUGGUUGAAAACAAUCUAUCAAACUCAGUCAUUGCUAAUUGUAUCGCACUAAAACGUUUGAAUCUGUUGAUUACAUUUCUCCAGCAACCGGUCGAUAUCGAUCUGAGCAAACGUUACAACAAGUCCAGUGCAUCGACUUCUGCCGAAGAAGAUUCAUUGAUUUCCUUAAUUAUCAAACAGAACAAUUGGCAAGGAGUUUUAUCGCUUAUCCUCGACGACAUUAGCCGUUUUCAUUUGACAUAUAUUCAAGUCUUAGAAGCUGCGAUUUUACAUCAACAAUUAAAUCUUGUUCUUCGUCUAAUGGCGACCGUCCGAAAUCGAACUGUCUUACAAGCAACAAACAGUCAUAAACAGAAUUUAUUUCAUAUCACAACAAUUCAGCAAGUGAUCGAUGCAAAAUUUAUAGAAAAAUUCUUUACAUAUCUUUACAACUUUAAUAUUGAUUGGAAUAUUCCUGAUGAAUACGGAAUGUAUCCCUUGCACUAUGCGUGUAUUCAACAUUACAAACCAUUGAUUCAAUUCUUACAGAACAAGUAUCCGGAGAAAUUGGAUUUCAAUCAAACCGAUCGAUAUGGAAAUUCUGCAUAUGUAUUGUUAUUCUGGAAUUCUGCCGAAAGCAGUUCAAUCAACUACGGAUUUAUUCAAACCAUUGUUACUUCGGGUAAAUCUCUUGACAGCUUAUGUAAUUAUGAUAAUCGUACCGCGAGAAAUCCCUUGGCAUUUGAAAGUACUAAGAAAGUUUCACGAAAAACCAAUCCACAAACACCGCUCGAAUUAGAAAAUCCAUCAACGAUCAUUCGAACAUCACCAUUGAUUCAUGCAGUUAUUCAUCGGAAUUUUCAACUGACAAAAUUCGUACUUCAAUUGGGUGCUGAUGUAAAUUUUCCGGAUGAAGAACAACUCACACCAUUAAUACACGCCAUUCGACAGAAUGACUUGGAUAUGGUGAAACUGUUGCUGAAUAAAGAUUAUGUGCGUGACAAAAAAAAACGAUCUUCGAAGAAACAAUCUCAUUUACGGAGAUCGAGUGCACAGCGGAAAUCAAAACCUAAAGGAUUCUUUCUUGGGACAACGACGAAUUCAGAUACUGAUGAUGAAGAUGAGCAAGAAUCAGAAGAAACGGAGACAUCAGAUGACGAUGAAUCCGAGGACGAAUCAGAUGAAUUUCAAGUCACGUCUAAUAUCGAUUUCGGUGCCACGGAUGCACUUGGUCGCACGUGCAUUCAUUACUUAGUUCAACCAUUUGCCGAUGUUUCGUAUGUAAACUGUAUCAAAAUGCUAGAGUUACUACAUAAAUCAGGCGCUUCAUUAACUAAACCUGAUCGAACGGGUCUUACACCGUUACAAUAUGCCGCUAAGAAUGCUGGUUUCCCACACUUGUAUGAAAAACUAAAACAACUAACGAAUGAACAACCAAUGGAAACCGAAAAUUUCGCAUAUCAACGUUUUACAAUCAGCGAUCCAAAUAAGGAUCUACUUGGUCUGACGGAUUAUUAUUCCGAUGCUCAACAGUAUAUUAAUGAAUGUAUUGCUGCUCGUCCUGUGGACAAUAUGAAUACUAUCCAUAGAGUAGAUCCAUUGUCGAGUAUGAGUGGCACUGGCGAUCUUGUCUGGGACACCGAUAAAAACGAACCUUAUGAUGUCCGAUUAACGAUCACUGAUGUUGAUUACGGUCUCAUUGGGUUAUAUAAUUUCUAUCGAAUGCAAAUUAUUAAACAUAAAACGAAGAUGAAUAUGUAUCUUCUGUUUACACGGUGGGGACGCAUCGGCGAUGGUGAUGGUCAACAUCAACUGACCCCUUAUUCGUCAUUGGAAGAAUGUCGAGCAGAAUUCUGUAAAAUCUUUCGUGAUAAAACUGGUAAUGUAUGGGAAAAUACGAAUCAAUUUGAAAAGAAACCAAAAAAAUACACACUCAUACAAUUAGAUAAUUCUCAAAUGCAUAAAAAUACCGAUGUUUCGAUUGACUUCCAACGAUUGGAAGAUGAAAGCACACAAGUAACAUCAAAAUUACAAUCCGCAGUAUAUAAAAACUUUUUCAAAACAUUUUUCAAUGACCGAGUUAUUCGGGAUAAUAUCACCAAAGCGAAUUUAGAUAUCGAGUGGAUGCCUUUGUCACAGUUCAAACCUGAAACUCUACAAAGAGCACGUGAUAUCUUAGCUGAACUCGCAGAUAAUAUCGAACAAAAAGAUAAACUUAAAUUAACAAUCCAACAGACAACUGUCGAUGAAGCUCAACCUUCAGUACCCGAUUCUGUUGAAAAAACUGAAUACAAACGUUUAAUUGAUUUGAUUUGUCAACUAAAUAAUGAGUACUAUAGCAUCAUACCGCUACAAGGCUAUGGUGCUGAAAAAAUACCUAUGAUCGAUACUUUGCCAUCGGUUAGGAUACAAGAACAAAAGCUCACUGAUAUAUUUGAAUUAGAAUUGUCCUACAAAAUUCUUCUAGCUGCACAAGCCAAUUUGGAUAAAUUUUCACCAAUGGAUUAUCUAUAUAAAUCGAUUAACUGUGAAUUUGAAGCUAUGAAUGAGAACGAUAUUGAUUCACAAUUUAUUCAACGAUAUAUCUGGGCAAGUUCGCCCAAUACCGGAAUCUACACAGCUGAUGCAUUUGUGAAAAGUCUUAACUAUUGUUCUGGUGUUAGACAAAGCCAUGGUGAACGUUGCUUUAUGCUGUUAUGCGAAGUGGCAUUAGGCAAGUCUGAAGAAGUCAUUGAUACGAGUGAAGAACCAUUAGACUCUGAUGAAUAUCAAAGCCGUAAGGCUCAUGGUCACUCUAUUCCGGAUCCACGUCUGACUAUCACUAGAAAUUAUGGUGUUCAAAUGCCUCUGGGCCAGUCGAUUCAUUGUGCUAAUCGAAAGCAUAAAUAUCAUCGGUGUACUUACAACGAAUACAUCGUCUUUGAUGAAUCACAGAUCGCACUUCGCUAUAUCGUUCAAUUUCGACAAUAA